GAAGAAGAGACUUGGGGACCCAAAGGAAUAUUGAAUACUUUGUACCAUGGCUAUGCAAAUGCAAUGUGAUGAGAGCAUAGAUAUCUCAACGGAGGAGGAAAGCUUUGGGCCUCAGCCUAUUUCUCGUUUAGAGCAAUGUGGAAUAAAUGCAAAUGAUGUGAAGAAAUUGGAAGAAGCUGGUUUUCAUACCGUUGAAGCUGUUGCCUAUGCACCAAAGAAGGAAUUGCUCAAUAUUAAAGGCAUCAGUGAAGCUAAAGCAGAUAAAAUCCUGGCUGAAGCUGCAAAAUUGGUUCCAAUGGGAUUCACCACAGCUACAGAAUUUCAUCAAAGGCGCUCAGAGAUAAUUCAAAUUACCACUGGAUCCAAGGAACUUGAUAAGCUUCUUCAAGGUGGAAUAGAAACUGGGUCAAUAACAGAGAUGUUUGGAGAAUUCCGCACAGGAAAAACUCAGAUAUGUCACACACUGGCUGUAACCUGUCAACUCCCUAUUGAUCGAGGUGGUGGUGAAGGAAAGGCCAUGUACAUAGACACAGAAGGCACUUUCCGUCCGGAGCGAUUGCUAGCGGUGGCUGAGAGAUAUGGUUUAUCUGGUAGUGAUGUACUUGAUAAUGUGGCUUAUGCACGAGGAUUUAAUACAGACCAUCAAACCCAGCUGCUUUAUCAAGCCUCUGCUAUGAUGACCGAAUCAAGAUAUGCUUUGCUGAUAGUGGACAGUGCCACUGCUCUUUACCGGACAGACUACUCUGGCCGAGGGGAAUUAUCGGCCAGGCAGAUGCAUUUAGCCAGAUUCCUGCGCAUGUUGCUUCGACUUGCAGAUGAGUUUGGUGUAGCAGUUGUGAUCACAAACCAGGUGGUAGCACAAGUAGAUGGAGCUGCAAUGUUUGCUGCAGAUCCUAAGAAACCUAUUGGAGGGAAUAUUAUUGCACAUGCUUCAACAACCAGGCUUUACUUGAGAAAAGGUCGUGGUGAAACUAGGAUAUGCAAGAUAUACGAUUCGCCUUGCCUCCCUGAAGCAGAAGCCAUGUUUGCUAUUAAUGCUGAUGGAAUAGGAGAUGCUAAAGACUGAAGAUCUUGUCUCUUUGAUUUGUGGUGCAAGACUGGGCCAAAGAGGCAUUUCUUUCCAUAUUAUCCUGUUCUUCAUGAAACUUCUGCUAUAAUACCAGAAGAAACAAUCAUAAAUCGUUAUUGUGGAUAACUCCUGGACUUUCUAAAGACUCCUGGACUUUCUAAAACAUAUCUGAUAACUUACUAAGAUCUUGUUGUUUAGUGCAAUAGAAUAGUGACAACUCUGAGAAACAACAUUUGCAGAAUUUAUGCAGUUUAUGGAUAUAUCAAGUGUGAACAUUCAACACUUUAUGAUUUUUAUGACUGAAGCCAAAAUAAAAUGGAAGAAAUUUGUUCAGUAAAGGAACUAUCUAAUAAAAUUAAAGCAUUUGUUGAAUUUUGGAAAUUUUGUUUUUCAAGGACAAACUAGAAGUUGUAUUUUUUAAUGCAUAUAUAUAUACUUGCACAGCUGUAAAUUAAAAUGUUGCAUCAGCCAAGAAGAGCUAGCUAUUAUGCUGUUAUAAGCAAAGACUGUAAACAUUUUAAAGAUAUGUUCCAUGUCUUCCAUUUGUAAAUAUUUUCAUAAUUAUAACUGAUUUAAUUAAAGUUAAUCAU